AAUCAGCUUAGGAAAGCAAAGUUUGAACAGCGAAUUCCUGUUAUUUCUAAGCACCCCAUGUGACAGGAUAUUUCCUUAUCGUUUCGAGCCCAGAGCUUUCCCCCGAUCCACCGGCCCUUCACAAGUGCGGCGGAGCUGCCCGGCGGGCUCCUGUCCUCACAGCGGCGAUGGCUCCCGCCCCGCUCCUGCUGCUCCUCGCCUUUCUCCCCGGCGCUUUUCCGCUGCUGGAUACUAGCAUCUUUUUAAUAUAUAAUGAAGAACACAAGCGCUGUGUAUUGGCUCAGAGUUCUAAUUCAGUGACUACUGCUCCUUGUGUUCAAGAAAAUGAGUCUCAAAAAUUCAGGUGGGUUUCAGAUCACCAGCUUAUGAGCAUAGCAUUCAAAUUGUGCUUGGGAGUACCUUCGAAGAAAGACUGGGUUCCGAUCACUCUGUAUCCUUGUGACAAGGCUAGCGAACUUCAGCGAUGGGAAUGCAGAAAUGAGACUCUCUUUGCAAUCCAAGGGGAAGAUUUGUUUUUCAACUAUGGAAACAGACAGGAAAGGAAUAUUAUGCUUUACAAGGGAUCUGGUUUAUGGAGUAGGUGGAAAGUCUACGGAACUAAAGACGAUCUGUGUUCUCGAGGCUAUGAAGAUACCUACACAGUGAGAGGAAAUGCUGAGGGAGCACCUUGUGUAUUCCCUUUUAAAUUUGGUAAUAAGUGGUAUGCUGACUGCACAGAUGCUGGCAGAGCAGAUGGCUGGUUCUGGUGUGGAACCACUGCAGACUAUGAUGUUGACAGGAGAUAUGGAUUUUGCCCACUGAAAAUUAAUAGUAUUGAUUCGUUGUGGAAUACAGAUCCUCUAACAAAUGUCCAAUAUCAGAUAAACUCUGAGUCAGCACUGACGUGGCAUCAGGCAAGGAAAAGCUGUCAACAACAGAAGGCUGAGUUAUUAAGUAUCACAGAGUUGCAUGAACAAACAUACCUAGCAGGUUUGACUGGCAAGCUGAGUUCUGCUCUCUGGUUUGGCCUUAACAGCCUGAAUUUCGACAGCGGAUGGCAGUGGGUUGGUGGUGCUCCGUUUAGAUACUUAAAUUGGGUUCCAGGCCAUCCUUCUCCAGAACCUGGAAAAAUCUGUGCAGCAUUAAAUCCUGCCAAAGUUGCCAAGUGGGAGAAUUGGGAAUGUAACCAGAAGCUUGGCUAUAUUUGUAAGCGAGGAAAUGCUACUUUAGCAUCUUUCAUUGUUCCUACAGAGACUGAUGUGCCUAUUGUAUGUCCUGACCAAUGGAUAUCAUAUGCUGGUCACUGUUACAUAAUUCACAGGGACCCCAAAAUAUGGAAAGAUGCUUUAACAUCUUGCAGAAAGCAGGAUGGGGAUCUGGCUAGCAUCCAUAACGUUGAAGAGUACAGCUUUGUUAUUUCUCAGCUUGGGUACCAGCCAGAUGAUGAACUUUGGAUUGGGUUGAAUGACCUCAAGAUUCAGAUGUAUUUUGAAUGGAGUGAUGGGACACCUGUCACCUAUGCCAGGUGGCUUCGUGGAGAACCCACUCAUGCAAACAAUAGGCAGGAGGACUGCGUUGUUAUGAAGGGAAAGGAUGGAUUUUGGGCGGACCAUUCUUGUGAAAAGAAAAUUGGCUACAUCUGUAAAAGGAAGCCCCUGUCAGAAGCACCUACAGGAGAGGAAACUAUUGACAUGGGCUGCCAGAGAGGCUGGAAAAGGCAUGGUUUUUAUUGUUACUUCAUUGGGAAUACAUUUGUAACAUUUUCCCAAGCAAAUCAAACUUGUGAAAGGCAUAAAGCGUAUUUAGCAACUGUUCAAGACAGAUAUGAACAAGCCUAUCUGACUAGCCUGGUUGGGCUGAAAACAGAAAGAUACUUUUGGAUUGGACUUUCAGAUGUAGAAGAAAAGGGAACUUUCAAGUGGGCUAAUGGCGAAUAUGUCUUAUUUACACACUGGAAUUCUGAAAUGCCUGGAAGAAAGCCAGGCUGUGUUGCUAUGAGAACUGGAACUGCAGGUGGAUUAUGGGAUGUAAUAAAAUGUGAGGAAAAGGCAAAAUUCCUAUGUAAAAUGUGGGCAGAGGGAGUAACACCUCCACCUCUUCCUACAACAACUCCUGUUCCCAGUUGCCCAGAAGGCUGGGACUCAAACAAUCGUAUUAGCUUUUGUUUCAAACCUUUUUCAAAAGGAGAGCAAAAGAAAACAUGGCUUGAAUCUCAAGAGUUUUGUCGAACUAUAGGAGGAGAUCUUGCCUCCAUUAAUGGUAAAGAAGAGCAGUAUGUGAUAUGGCGUUCUAUUGCAAACAAUGGUUUUUACCACCAGCAUUUCUGGAUGGGCUUGUAUUACUUGAAUCCUGAUGAUGGCUUUGUCUGGAGUGAUGGAUCUCCGGUGAGGUAUGAGAACUGGGGCUUUGGGGAACCCAAUAAUUACCAAGGAAUUGAACUCUGUGCAGAGAUCAGUGGUGAUUCAAGCAUGCUUUGGAAUGACAGGCACUGUGAUUAUCUAUAUGGAUGGAUCUGCCAGAUAAGAAAAGGUGCAAGUUUAAAGCCCGAACCAACAGAAUCUCCUGUACCCAAGUAUGUGACUACUGAGGAUGGAUGGAUUAUAAAUGAAGACAGACAUUAUUAUUUCAGCACGGAGAGUGUUCCAAUGGAAAAAGGUCGAGAGUUUUGCAAACAGAACUUUGGAGAUCUGGCAGUCAUUGAGAGUGAAACUGAAAGAAAGUUCCUCUGGCGAUAUAUCUUGAAAAAUGGCAAAGAGGAAGCAUAUUUCAUUGGUUUGCAACUGAGUGUUGAUCAAAGGACAAGCUGGAUGGAUGGCACACCAGUGAAUUAUUUGGCAUGGGCACCACAUGAACCUAACUUUGCAAAUAAUGAUGAAAACUGUGUAGUCAUGUAUAAAAAUUUAGGAUUUUGGAAUGAUAUAAAUUGUGGUUAUCCAAAUCCCUACAUAUGUGAAAGGCACAACAGUUCCAUUAAUUCCACACUUCCUCCAACAACAUUUUCAACUCCAAGAGGAUGUAAUCCAACUUGGCUUUCCUUUCAGAAUAAGUGUUACAAAAUAUUUGGAUCUUCAGAAGAUGAACGUGUCACUUGGCAUGCCGCACGAACAGCUUGCAUGAAUUUAGGAGGAAACCUGGCUGCUAUCCCUAAUGAACAAGUGCAAGCUUUCCUCACCUUCCAUAUGAAAGAUUUUCUUACUGACACAUGGAUUGGAUUAAAUGAUAUAAAUCAUGAACUGAAGUUCCUCUGGACAGAUGGAACAGGAGUUUACUUUACAAAUUGGGCCAAAGGCUUCCCAUCAGGACAUAUGGGAUCAUACUCAUACGAUGGCCAGGCUGAUUGUGUUGUCAUGAGAAAUAAUCCUGUUAAGGAAGCAGGGAAGUGGGCUGAUGAGAGUUGUGAUAACAACAGAGGAUAUAUAUGCCAAAUUAAAGCAGAUGCUGAGUUUAUCCCUUCUACAACUACAGACCCAAAAAGCAUUAUCCGUUAUGGGAACAGUAGUUAUUUGUUCAUCCGUACUAAAAUGAAUUGGGAAGAUGCACGAGAAAACUGCAAACGUGAUCAGUUUGACCUUUCCAGCAUCUUAGACCCCUACAGUCAUUCAUUCCUGUGGCUAAAGAUAUUAAAGUAUGGGGUACCUAUAUGGAUUGGCCUUAACAGUAAUGUGACGAAUGGGCGUUAUGAGUGGAUUGAUAACUGGAGAAUGAAGUAUACUAAGUGGGCUGAAGGAGAGCCAAAGCAAAAAAUAGGCUGUGUUUAUCUAGACAUUUCUGGAUCCUGGAAGACGGGAUCCUGCAAUGAAAGUUACUUCUCUGUUUGCAAAAAGCCUGAUGUUCAAGCUCCUACUGAACCCCCUCAGCUUCCAGGGAAGUGUCCUGAAUCAGAAGGACACCGUUCUUGGAUUCCUUUCCGAGGUCAUUGUUACUAUAUAGAAUCUUCAUCAACAAGGAACUGGGCUCAGGCAUCAUUAGAAUGUCUUCGACUGGGUGCCUCUUUGGUAUCAGUUGAAGACUCAGCUGAAGCCAGCUUUCUGACAUACGUAAUUGAACCACUGGAAGGGAAGACAUCAACAUUUUGGACUGGAAUGUACAGAAAUGUAGAUGGGGAAUGGCUGUGGCUAGACAACACUGCGGUGAAUUUUGUCAACUGGAAUACAGGAGAGCCUUCCCCUCAACAAAAUGAGCACUGCGUUGAAAUGUAUGCAAACUCUGGAUACUGGAAUAAUAUCUAUUGCACUUCCUACAAAGGCUAUGUUUGUAAAAAGCUAAAAACAACUGAAAUACUGCCAUCAGCUGAAAUGCCACCAGCUGAAAUGCCUACAAAGGCAAUGACGAAGGAUGAGGAGGCCCCUACUCUAAGCCAUGGUAAAACAGGAAUUGUAGUUAUUGUUGUCGUCAUCAUCCUUGCUGGAAGCAGCCUUGCAGGCUAUCUCUUCUACAAAAGAAGAAAGAAUCGCUUGUCAACAAAUGACAGCUUUGAGAACAAUUUGUAUUUUAAUAGUGAUGGAACUGGAGACACAAAGGAUCUUGUGACCAACAUAGAACGGAAUGAACAUGCGACACUAUAGUAUAACAAAAUUGAUGUAAUAUGUAAUGUAAUACGUAAUGUAAUGUGCCUUGUUUUAAUAAAAUUAUGCAACUACAGUUGCGUAUUUUCUCAGUGCAAAUACUGUA